AUGUCGAAAGCUCCAGCAAUUGGUAUUGAUUUGGGCACGACGUAUUCGUGCGUCGGUGUCUUCCAGCACGGAAAAGUAGAGAUCAUCGCGAACGAUCAGGGAAACAGGACCACCCCCAGCUAUGUGGCGUUUACAGAUUCAGAGAGGCUCAUCGGUGAUGCCGCCAAAAAUCAGGUCGCCAUGAACCCAUCCAACACGGUUUUUGACGCCAAGAGGUUGAUUGGGAGACGUUUUGAUGAUCCUUCUGUGCAGUCCGACAUGAAACAUUGGCCGUUCACAGUCGUCAGUGAAGGAGGGAAGCCAAAAAUCAGAGUUGAGUACAAGGGGGAGAAUAAAACAUUCUUCCCGGAAGAAAUUUCUUCUAUGGUCCUCUUGAAAAUGAAAGAAGUUGCAGAGGCUUAUCUUGGCAAGACUGUAACAGAUGCUGUGGUUACUGUUCCAGCCUACUUCAAUGACUCCCAGCGUCAGGCAACCAAAGAUGCGGGCACCAUAUCUGGUCUGAAUGUUCUGCGUAUCAUCAAUGAGCCGACAGCUGCUGCAAUUGCUUAUGGUCUUGACAAGAAGGUCGGGUCCGAGAGAAAUGUUCUUAUUUUUGACCUGGGUGGUGGAACAUUCGAUGUUUCUAUUUUGACAAUCGAGGAUGGUAUCUUUGAAGUCAAGUCAACUUCUGGGGACACCCAUCUUGGUGGAGAAGAUUUUGAUAAUCGUAUGGUCACUCACUUCAUUCAAGAGUUCAAACGCAAACACAAAAAAGAUAUCAGUGACAAUAAGAGGGCUGUCAGGCGUUUGAGAACUGCCUGUGAGAGAGCCAAAAGAACACUUUCCAGUUCGAGCCAGGCAAGUGUGGAGAUAGAUUCCUUGUAUGAAGGAAUUGAUUUUUACACAAGCAUCACAAGAGCCAGGUUUGAGGAACUGUGCGCUGAUCUCUUCAGAAGUACUCUUGAUCCAGUUGAGAAAGCUCUGAGGGAUGCCAAGAUGGACAAGUCCAGUGUUCAUGAUAUCGUUUUGGUAGGUGGCUCGACCAGGAUUCCUAAAGUUCAGAAACUUCUACAAGAUUUCUUCAAUGGAAGAGAGCUAAACAAGUCCAUAAAUCCAGAUGAGGCUGUGGCUUAUGGAGCAGCUGUCCAGGCAGCCAUAUUGCAUGGUGACAAGUCAGAAGCAGUUCAGGACUUGCUGUUGUUAGAUGUGGCCCCACUCUCACUUGGUAUUGAAACAGCUGGUGGAGUGAUGACAGCCCUGGUCAAACGUAAUACUACCAUCCCAACAAAGCAGACCCAAACUUUUACAACAUACUCUGACAACCAACCUGGUGUGCUCAUCCAAGUGUAUGAAGGAGAGAGAGCUAUGACAAAAGAUAACAACCUCCUUGGCAAAUUUGAGCUUUCUGGAAUUCCACCAGCUCCAAGAGGAGUUCCUCAGAUUGAAGUCACAUUUGACAUUGAUGCCAACGGUAUCAUGCAUGUCUCAGCAGUUGACAAGAGCACUGGUCGCGAAAACAAAAUCACCAUCACCAAUGAUAAAGGCCGUCUGAGCAAGGACGAGAUUGAGAAGAUGGUGAAGGAGGCAGAGAGAUACAAAGAUGAAGAUGAGAAGCAGAGAGAACGUAUAUCAGCUAAGAAUGCUCUAGAAGGUUAUGCAUUCAACAUGAAGGCAACAGUGGAUGAUGAGAAGUUGAAGGACAAGAUAUCUGAAUCAGACAAGAAGCUGGUCAUUGACAAAUGCAACGAGAUCAUCAAGUGGAUGGACUCCAAUCAGCUUGCAGAGAAGGAUGAGUUUGAGCACAAACAGAAGGAGUUGGAGAAGGUCUGCAUGCCCAUUGUGACCAAGUUGUACCAGGGCUCGGGAGGAGCUGGAGGCAUGCCGGGAGGAUUCCCAGGUGGAUUUCCGGGAGCAGGAGCGGGGGAGAGUGCAGGGGCAUCUUCUGGAAAGGGACCAACCAUUGAAGAAGUUGAUUAAGCUGACGGGGAUGAAUCACUUCUGUUAUGAGAGAGGGUGAAUGAGUGGUUGUUCGAGACUUCGUUCUGUUGUACAUUUGAUUGUUUCGUUCGUACGUGCUUGGGCUAGACUCUCAUUUUUUAUGUUUGUAUUGUGCAGUCCUGUUAUUUAUUUUUGUUUGUUUUUUAUGUUUCUUUAGAAAUUUCAGUGUGAACAAUUUAUGUAGCGUUUAUUUAAUGGACAGACGAUAACUUCACCGAGUUCUAUAUUAAUGUGAUUGAACAGUAUUUGUAUAUUAACUUUUCCAUUUUUUCUAUUUCAAAGUUCUGUUAAUGUUUUUUUGAAAUUAAUAAAACUUGAAAACAAAA